AAUAUUGCCCCGGGUUGUAAGACGUGACUCGUUAAUCAGGCAUCCGUAUCGCACGUUAAAAAGAGAUAAACCAAUGAUUAAUCAGAAAUGUUUGUAAUGGACAGAAGUACAUGGAACAUCAACAGUUCAGUGUAGAAAUUAACCCCAUCAACCUCCCCAUACCCACGUGCCUCCUCCACUGUGAUGUCACUGAAGAUCUGACCCCCGUAACCCUUCCUCAAAGAUUCACGAGGGUCAACAGAGAGGAAGAAAGCGGUCAGAAAUGUCCGGAGUUCAGGAAAAAGGACAUAACAUCUGCACUGCAAUGGGUCAAGCAGCAAAUGGUAAUUUUAAGAAAAGAUGACAUAAGGCUCAUGCGACGAUUUUUUGAGCUCCAUGCUGCCAUGAUGGAACUAAGAUGGGUAUAUGAAGGCGCGAGCUCUAUGUCUGAUGUCAGCAGCUACAACGGAAGUACAAUGUCACUGGAUGAUGCCAUGGAAUCUUCCAUAGACUGUCACGUAUCAAACGAAGAACAUGCCACAGAAUUCAGGGAAAGGACCACUUCCCUGCAAAUCCCGAGAAAAUCUCGUGUCACUCGAAUUAGAUGGAAAAGUAAUGAGAUUCUUUGAGUGAUCUAACAUUUCAAAUAUCAGACUCUUUAUAUCAUAUUAUAAACGACGUUGUCCUACAUCUAAUAAUAAUAUGCCAAUAUCUGACAAAUUCUGAGAAGUUUUAGCUACAUUUAUCGGCAAAACAAUCUACAAUCCAUCAGUAUAAACAAGGCAAUCUAACUUUUCUGUGUUUAGCGGAAAUCUAGAAAUUCGUCCAAGCGACGUUUUCUGGAACUCUGACUUGGACUAAAUGCUUUUGAUAAAAUAUGGAAUUUUUGUACAGCUUUUGAUUUUAAUUUGUUAAAAAUCUGGCUAUGUACAUUAUGUAUGAUAGAACCUAAGCUCUGAUGUGCCAUUUGCUAGAUACUAUAUUUAAAAUAAAUUCUUUAUAGAUAGAAGUAAAAGGAUCAUUGACCCGUUUAUCAAUCCACUUAUCAUGCGUGGUAGUAGAGCUCAUUGUGAUGUAGUAAAGUGAAAAGGGGGUCGAAAUAUCAUACCUUUCUUUUUGAUAUUUGAGAUUUUAAUGUUUUCAUAUUUAUUU